UUGAGAGCUAAAGUGGCAAAGAAAGAGAUAGCUACCUUUGCUGCUGGCUGCUUUUGGGGAGUUGAACACAUUUUCCGUAAACAUUUUAAAAAUAUUCAAACACAAGUUGGUUAUACUGGCGGAACAACAAGCAAUCCAGACUACAGACAGGCGAGUUUUCUUCUAAGAUUAAUAUCAUUUUAUGAGGCCUGCAGAAUCGAAUUCGAUCUGGAAAACGUUUCGUAUGCCACAUUAGUUGAAUUCUUUUACAAGACCCACGAUCCGACAACUUUAAAUAAACAGGGACAUGAUGUUGGAAAUCAAUACCGUUCUGCUAUCUUUUAUCAUUCUCCUGAACAAAAAGAAAUUGCUGAGCAAGUAACUAAGCAGGUUCAAGAAAAACUUGACAAUAGUGAACCAGGCUCAUUAUAUUCCGGCUCAAAAAUUGUUACAGAAAUUGUCGAGGCUAGUAAGUGGUAUGAUGCUGAAGACUAUCAUCAAGAGUAUUUAGUGAGUAUCUCAUGA